AGCAACGCGAAUGCGCAACUGCCGCCCGUUAGUUUUGGCGUCCAAACUGGCUUCGUUUCCCACAAUGGAAAUAUGUUGACAUCGUCGUCGAGUCGAAAAAAUUUUUGAGUUCCGUGGUGUCAACGUAUCGACGGUUUCGCGCACCUCGGACUCGUGCCCGCCCGAAAUCGGAGCCGAAGAGGAGACAAAACGCCAUCGUCGUUCUCUGGACGCAGCGGUAACGGCGCGCGCGCGCUCGCUCGCACUACGAGGGACCGGCAGCGUGCCCGAGCAGUGAGCAGCCUCACCAACCUGAGUCAUGGCAGGCGGUGACGGCAAGGAUGGGUCGGAGCCCACGACCACGACACCUGUUUUCACGAAUGAGCUGGACAGCCCGGCCUUGUUCGACGACCCAAACCUUCCCGAGGGAUGGUACCGCAAGGUCUGCCAGCGGCAGAGCGGACGCUCGGCGGGCAAGUUCGAUGUCUACAUAUACAACCCGCAGGGCAAGAAGUUUCGCUCACGGAAUGAGCUGGCGGCCUAUCUGGAGCAGGUGAACAGCCCGCUUUUGGUGUCAGACUUUGACUUCACUGUCAAGGGGGAGCAAUCCAGGGCCAAGUCAGCUGGGCUGCCUCUACCACCAUCAGCACGGAAGCCGGUGACACCGUCUCCGACCAAGCGAGAGAGAAAAGCGCCAUCUGACAAGCCACAGUCCGAGAAAAAGCCGCAGUCCGAGAAAAAGCCGCAGUCCGAGAAAAAGCCGCAGUCCGACAAGAAGCCGCAGUCCGACAAGAAGUCGCAGUCCGACAAGAAGCUGCAGUCUGACAAGAAGCCACCUGCUGAGAAGAAGACUCCGAUGGAAAAGAAGAAGGCGCAGUCAGCAAAGAAGGCUGCCCCCGAAAAGAAGGUGUCUUCUUCUGGGGCCAAGCCGGUGUCAUCGCCAGCGCCACGAACAGGUCGUAAGUUGAUGGUCAGACUCAAUUUCACUUCGCCAAAAAAGCGGAUCCUGAAAAACUACUCUGAGAAUAAGGUUGAAAGUGAGGAUGCGGGGGGUGGGAUAGAUGAGGGUUCAGAAAGCCCAGUUCCGGUCAAGGGCGAGGACCAAAUACCACCGGCACCAGCGGAGAACAAAAAGCAGGUGGAGACAGGACUGAGCACCCCCGAUGUGGAUGCCAGUACCGUUUCAGAAGGAGACAGCACGCCCAAGAGCGAGCCUGUCACGAAGAAGAACAAGGAGAAUGCUGUAGACAAGGUUUCAUCAAAAAAGAAAAAGAAGAAGGAAAAGGAAGAGAACCCGGUGACGAAGCCUGACAAAACUGUGCCCACGAAAAAAGAAGCUCCACAGAAGCCUGAAAGCCGGAUGCGGAAACGAAAAAUAGUGGAGGUAGAGGACAUGCUUUUUAAGGAAUUUGACCGACUCGAACGAAAGCCAGUAGUGAAGCCAAAAACAGCACCCGAGGAGAAGAAGAAGAAGGCCGAGUCUAAGGACAAGUUAGAAGAUGAUGUGGCUGCCAUCAAAGCAACCGAGGCCAAGGUUGCGCCACUGCCUGACGAGCCCAAGAAGGAGCAGGCAAAAGAAAAGCACGAGGGAAAGAAGAUCAAGAAGAGAGACGACAAAUCAAGUAAGACCAAAGCAGAGCCAGAAUUGAAGGCUGAAGCGAAGCAUCAGUCUGAAACCCAGUCGAAGUCUGAAUCCCAGCCAAAGGCCAAAGUGCAGGCUGCCAAGGCCAAAGCUCAUCAAAAGGCCAAAGUUCAGCCAAAGGACAAAGUCCAUUCCAAGCCUGAAGGCCAGCAUGAUGCCGAACCCAAGUCGAAGGUCAAAGCAAAGCCUGGGUCUGCUGAGCCACAGCCCGAGUUGAAAACCCAAGCUAAGUCUGAAGACCAGUGUGAAGCCCACUCUGAAGCUGGAGCUGAUUCUGAAGCCCAGGCUUCAUCUGAAACCCAACACGAGUCCGAAGCCCAGCCUGAGUCCGAAGCCCAGCCUGAGUCCGAAGCCCAGCCUGAGUCCGAAGCCCAGCCUGAGUCCGAAGCCCAGCCUGAGUCCGAAGCCCAGCCUGAGUCCGAAGCCCAGCCUGAGUCCGAAGCCCAGCCUGAGUCCGAAGCCCAGCCUGAGUCCGAAGCCCAGCCUGAGUCCGAAGCCCAGCCUGAGUCCGAAGCCCAGCCUGAGUCCGAAGCCCAGCCUGUGUCCGAAGCCCAGCCUGAGCCCGAAGGUCAGCCUGAGUCCAAUAUUCAGCCUGAGUCUGAAAAACAGCCAGGGUCCGAAGCCCUUCAUGACUCUAAAGCUCUAUCAGAGAUCAGAGCAGAGCCUGAAGCCAAGCCUGAUCCCCAGCCAGAACCCAAAAUCCAGUCAAAGUCUGAGACCCCUGUUGAGGCACAACCUAAGGCUACGACCCGCUCCAAGGCCGAGUCGAGAGCCCAGUCAGAGGGCAAAUCUGAAGCCAAGCCUAAGGAGAAACAAAAAAUGAAGCGUCUGAGGGAGGCAGAUGUCAUUAACCGCAUAUCAAAGCGAUCUAGAAAGGACAGUGAACAAAAAAAGGAGGAGGGAGAAAGUCUCGAAGCAGCGCCUGAAAACAAUGCUGAGGAAGCUGAGGAUAAGCACGACACAAUGUUGGAAUCUGAUGAGGCUGCCCCCAAACCAGCUGACACUCGGGAGAAAACAGCUACGCCCAAGAAAGGUAGGAAAGAGCGCGAAAAGGAGAAGGUCAUGGAAAAAGACGAAACUCAAGUAAAGCCAGCAGUGAGGGAGAGAAGUAAGCGACAAGCAGAGCGGCAGUCAAGGAAACACGCCGAUGUCGAGAAGGCACUGUCUCCAGACACCAAGGACGACACUGAACGACAAUCCAGGAGAGCUAGCAAAGCAGAAAAACCACUAUCGCCAGAUGCAAAACAUGACACUGAACGGCAGUCCAGAAAGGGCAACAAGACAGAUGUCGAGAAGGCACUGUCUCCAGACACCAAGGACGACACUGAACGACAAUCCAGGAGAGCUACCAAAGCAGAAAAACCAUUGUCGCCAGAUGCAAAACGUGACACUGAACGGCAGUCCAGAAAGGGCAACAAGACAGAGAAGGUGUCUCCAGGCACGAAGCACGACUCUGAACGGCAAUCCAGGAGGGGCAACAAGGCGGACAAAGCAUGGUCUCCAGAUGUGAAGCGAAACGAAAAGCGCGACAAGGGCGACAAUGCACUGUCCAGCACAGAUGCAGAGUCGCAAUUCCCUACGGAGAAGCAGAUCAGAGAGGCCGCACUUGCGAAGCUAGCAGCAAAGAUCGAGAAACCGGUGGAUCCAUUAGAAAUUCCACUGCCACCACCGUCUGACAUUCCGUCUGUACCUGACGAGGAGGACGAGGAUGACAUGGCCAUCGACGAGGCUCCGACGUUAGAGUUAUCACAAAGAGAGCUCAAGCUCUACGAGAUGAGCCCGCACCUGAUCGAACAUAGUUACACCAAGAUCCCGGAGGACGAAGAGGCAGAUGCCGUGGAGAAGCAGCAGACGCCAUCGCCUUCUCGCAAGAGAGGCCGAUCGUUAACGCUGGAGAACGAAGCCGAGCCAGACGAGGCAGGGAAGUCACCCCCACCGCGACGCCGGCAGCGGCGCAAGAAAGGAGUCGGCGAGAGUGCCACGCAGCACGAGGCGAAAGGGGAUAAAUCAGCACCUCUCAUUAUGGGGCAGAGCUGAGCAGUCUGAAAGGCUGGCACGCACACGUUGUGUGCCUCGCACUUUUUUUAGUGUUGCCUUGGCUCUUUUAUUGGAGAGCUUCAAUGCGUAUUUAUCGAAGACAGAGAUGUUGCGAGGAAGCUCCACUCCCUCCUUCUGUUGGGACGCUGCUCUUGGAACAGGCAGGAAAAGACAGCCCUCGUACGUGUUUUUUCUUUGGCCUCAGUGACCUCUGUCACGUGCCCUUGUCUAUGAAAUGGUGAGCAGAUGGGAAAAAAGGUGGCGAGGAUUGGUUAUUUUUGUUUGUUUCUCAACUGCUUGCACGAGGUUCCUGUGAGGGCCAUUAAACCGCGCCGGUGCUUACAAGCAUUGUUCAGUUGGUUGGUGAGAAUGGGACGACUCGUUUGUUAUUCUAUUUGGGACUUUUUUUUUCUGUUGCACUUGUGCAUUGUCAUUGUUAGGUUGUAUCAUGCAUGGUGCAUAGGCACUGCAUUAUUUUGUUGAGAGCAAUUUGUGCAUGGUCUGACCAUUAACAUUCAUAUACUAUGAUGAGGCCUGGUGUGAAGUCAUGGUUCACAUUCACUGUCGGAAAUUUUCAGGAAUGGACUAUGCACAAUUUAAUCACAUUGAAUUGGAGGGGCCCAGUGUAAAACGUGUUAAUGCACAAGGCAUGUUACAGUAGUGAGGCAUUACAGUGAAUAUUACAAUUCCAUUUUGUGCAUGAUACAAGCAGUCCAAGUCUUUUGUGAAGUCGGCAUAGGCCAUGAGGUGGCAUCUUUUAUGGGUCCUCGCCUAUGUGUUUUAACGGCUCUAAUGAGCUGGUGUUGACCACACCAAUAGAAUGCUGACAAUUCAAUAGAAUGCUGGCAAAUUCAAUAGUGUGUAGUUGGCUUUUUAGAUUUUCAGUUUUGCUGCAAGAACUUGCAAUGCGGGAUCACCCAUUCUGUGCUGGAACAUUUAUAGAAACACGGCAUCGCAAGAGCUCUUGGGGCAGCUGUGAAAUUUGAUGAUCGCAGCUCCUGGCCUAUUUGGGCUUUGUGAACUACAGUCCGAUGACUUCACACGUGUAUGUUGAUCUUGUUUUGUGUAUGAACCGUACGAGAAAGUGAAAAGCUUUUCGUUGCACCUCAGUGAGCUGUGGUUGUUAACAAUGAAUCGUGCUGAGUCGCAGCGAUGAAACGUAUCUUGCUGUUCUUUGAACAGCUUCCAUGAACGUGUGUUUGCAAGCUAAAAGUUUACUAGAACUGGCUCCAGUGCUACUCUUCGUGUGGUGCAGUAUUAGCCUUGCCUUAUUGAUUUACCUGUGGGGAAUAAAAUGGUGAGAAAAUAGUUAUCAGCCACAAUUGGUUGCUCAUUGGCACGUGUGUUUAACGCAAAACUUCAAAAGGUAGUAUUGUGCUCUUGUGCAAUGUUUCAGCACAAUAGUGCAUUUUUUAAUAAAUCUGUACGCCCACAUGACCCCCCCCCCCCCCAAAAAAAAAAAAAAAAAAAAUUUGAGAGAAAAGGCCCACCGCAACAUGGGAUAAAGGAGAACAUCAUUGUACAAAGUUGUACAUAGCAUGGCUAUUUUCGCAUCGAGUCAGUGCUUGUUGUCCCGUAGCACUUUGCUUUCACACCCCUUCUUAUAUUUCAUUUCUUUUCUUCCCUAAAAUCAUAACAUCGUCCCAUACACAACACCCCAUCGCAGUUCAAACUUCUUUGUACAGUUAUAGCAUUUAUGUCGGACGGCCUUGGCUACUCUCUCUCAUCAGAUCAUCAUGUUGGCAAACUCAGUUGCUCAGAAGCACUAUUGUGAAACGCACUGCGACAUUUCUGCAGAAUUAUGUUUUGCCUUCCUCUUUUUAAGUCGAGCGCACAUACACCAAUAAAAAAAGAGCACUAUCCUGAUUGCGUUUCACUUUUGCAGAAAGGUACUGUCGCCUUCAUUAUGCUGCAACAUACGAGCUAUAUCCGGGACAACACUCUCGACAAAAAAGUGGAGAUAAUUUCGGCAUUCCAGCAAUGCGUUUACCCCCUGCUUUUUGUCGUCUGCUUUCCUCAUGGAGCAAUAAUACACUGGCCCACCAAGUAAAGUGGACAUGCUUAGCCCUUCGUGCAGCGUGUUCCAUCAUGGUGCACCAGUGCCAUAGCUUCGUAACCGUUCUUCUCCUUCCUUUGUGAUAGAGCUGUAGCAGCUAGGGGGCCAGUGUAUUAUCGCUGCUUGGAGAAAGCAGAUGACGGAAAGCAGGGGGGUAUGCGCACUGCUAGAAUGGCAAGUCCCUCGCCACAUUUCUCUUGAAAGUGUCGCUCCGGUGACCACUCACACAUUGCAGCUAAUGGUGAACGCGACUGCGCAUUUGUGCGUGUUGCAUCUGUUUAGCAGUGUUACUGCAUUUGCACAGGACAGCCUCUUAGUGUUGAUGCUGACAAAAAUUUGGGCACUGCGCUGACCGUCGCAACUAACCGCAGAGUUGAGAGUGAAACCCACUAGCCAACAUCGCCGUGUUAAAAUACAUAUGCAGGGUGGACAAAGUCCCUGGGGAAAAGACUUGGCUGUGAUGAUUCUCUUUUGUGCGUGUGGUCAUGUGACAUAAAGGUUUGCCUUUGAAACAACCUUAUGUGAAGAAUGCGAUGCUCACAGUAAAUGUUAUGAAAAGAUUUGUGAUAUUGUCAUUUGUGCGAUCAGACAUACACCUUAGUAGUAUUUUGCGCAUUGUGUCCGUGGAAACAAAAGUAGUCGUCACAAUUUCGGGAAGGGUCGUCACAGGGUGUGUGCGUGUGUGUGCAUUGCUUUUGAGAAUGCCUGUCUCAUUCCUACAUAGUUUGAAUUUGCUACGCGCCACAUUUGCAUCGAGCGAAAGUGGUGCCAAACAUCGUGCGAAAGAAGAAAAAGUCAUCGCAACCAGCUAUUUUCUAGGAGGUUCCCUCAUCAAAUGAAUAAUUUCCUGAGAGGAUGCAGAUGACCGUCUUUGAUAUGUAAUACCCAGAUGGAUUAUUGCGCUGUGUUGUUUUUGUGGCUCCUUAAUCGUGCAACUCCGCUGUAAAAUUGCUACACCCGGCACUCCAGUUUCCCCUGCUCCUUUUUCUCAGUAUAAUUCCACUGUAGUAUUUCAUGAGCCAUCAUUGUUCAGUACAAUAAAGAACUCAUUAUCAUGCUGUCCACAAA